CUGGUCUUUCUGUAAUGAUAAGAUGAUCACAUUUUGAUGGAUAAUCCAAGUGCGUUGGUGAUUGGCACAAUGCGGAUCACAUAUAAUGUUGGUUUCAAACCUAAAGUUUUCCUGGUUGUCCUGGUGGUUUUGGUUUUAGUGACUAUCUCAAGGUGGAAAAGUUGCAUCAAUCUAUACUUGGAGGAUAGGAAUCAUUUGGAAAGAACUCAUUUUGUUUGCAUGCCAUUACAAGGCAGACUAGCCAAUCAGAUGUUUCAGUAUGCAUUUAUUUAUGCGUUUUCCAAGGAGAAGGAGCUGGUUAUGACCUUAUUAGAAACGGAAACAGAAAACAUCCUUUUACCAACAUUUAACAUGCGUGCAAACCCUUUUCCAAAGUUUAAAUAUUGCUCAUGCCUUAGCAGAUAUGAAGAUGACUGGGACUGUGCUUAUGACAUCAAAUUUGAAAAAAUGGAGAAAAGGCAAGAUGUUUUUUUGCAUGGGUAUUUUCAGUCUUGGAAAUACUGGAAAUGUUAUGAAAAUGAAAUAAGGGAAAAAUUCCAAUUUCAAAAGCAUGUCAGGACAACUGCUGCAGUAAUUUUACAAAGUAUCAUAAAGAAAAGUGAAACUAGAAUAGCUCGAGGCGAUAUUCUGGUGGGCAUUCAUAUCCGUCGUGGAGACUAUACAAAACCAGGAAUUUUUACAGAAUUUGGAUACACAACUGCAACUGAAGAAUAUUUACAAAAGGCAACAAAUUAUUUUCGUGAUCACUACAGGAACCCAACCUUUAUUGUUUGCUCAAACGAUAUUACUUGGUCACGUAAAGCACUUGGGAGAUAUAGUGAUGUGUAUUUUGCGGAGGGAAACACACCUGAGACCGACAUGGCAUUACUUACCAUGACAAACCACACCAUUAUGACUGUUGGCACCUUUGGUUGGUGGUCAGCUUUUCUUACUAAUGGUACGACAUUGUACUACAAACAUCCAUUUGUACCAGACUCAGCCUUUAGUAAACAGUUUAAUGGUGAUAUCUCGGAACAUUUUUAUCCAGGCUGGAUUGGUAUGGACUAAAAAGGGGUAUAAUUGUGUAUCUUGUCCAACACAACUACUAAUUAGAUUUUUAAAAAUAAUUUAUGUAUAUAGAUUCAGGUUUUUUGCAAACAUUACUACCAGGUAAUUCUUAAAAUCAGAGAUUUUUUUAAUUAGGAUUUUCUCCCUUGGGUAGAUGGAAACUGGAAAUCUGCAUCAUUCCAAAUAAAUAUUAGAUAAAGAAAUCUAACAGAAAAAAUUUAAGUCCUCACCAAAUGGAAGAGUCCAGUACUAAGAAUUCUUUUUUGGAUUAGAAACACACCUGCAUUUGAUAAUUUAUCAGUAAGUGAAUGUUUAGCAAUAAUUAACAUAAAAUUGUAAUUUCAUCAUCAUGCAAUUUUGUAUGUCUCCUGAUCAUAGUGAAAACUCUAGAUUUUGUCAUACCAUAAAUGAUAUAUGAAGUAUUAGACAGCCUGACUUAGAAACAUCUAAACAGAUACAUGUACAACACUUGGUUCUAUUAUGACUAAGAAGUGACCCCUAUUGAAUCAGAAAAUAUACUUUUUACUUAAGAAUUUCUACCUUUCAUUUUAAAUCAGGGAAAAUAGCUUCUAUCUUAGAUUAUCAGGGAAUGCAUCCUUGAUACUCCAAGAGUUAUGAUCACUUCUGCUCUCUCCACCCCCAAAACAUUUCAUGACAAAAUUGAAAGUUAAAUUACUUUGCUUAAUUGUGCCCUCAAUUUUGCCUUAAAUUUUGCCAUGCCAUGUUCCAGUGAUGCAGAGAGCGAUACUGAGUGCAACUCCGGAGGUAUCAGUGAUGGUUCCAGGGGUAGAGAGAACGAUAGUGAGCUUACCCCUGGAGUAUCAAGAAUGGUUCCAAUAGUACAUAGAGCAAUAUGAAGCGUAACCCCUGGGGUAUCAAGAAUGGUUCCAAUAGUACAUAGAGCAAUACGAAGCGUAACCCCUGGGGUAUCAAGAAUGGUUCCAAUAGUACAUAGAGCAAUACUAAACGUAACCCCUGGGGUAUCAAGAAUGCAGGAUACAUAGUUUCUAGUUUACAUUUCUACACAAAUGAAUCUGAUAUGUCAAAAAGUCUAGAAGCCUGCAUGCAGCAUAUUUGUCAAUAAUUGAGGAAUAACACUAAUGUGUGAAAUUUGUAGUGUACUAUCAUGAUUUUACUCAAGUCAGGAAUUACAAUAGGUAGCAGAUAAGAAACAUGGGCAAUAGCAUACAUGGGCGAUAGCAUAUUCAAAAUCUACUGUUACCCCUAUUCUAAUUCAUGUAUAUUUAAACAAGUAGAAACGCAAUAAUUGAGUGCCAUUUUUCAUGCAUAAUUUCUAUUUGAAUUCUGGGAUUUUUUUCCUGAGGGUUGAUAAUGCCUUAUAGGGUAAUAUUCACAAUCAGAUGACCAUUUGAGGUCAUGCUUCUGUUCCUGACCUCAUUUUCAAGCUAGUUCAAUCGAGGUCAUUCAUGUCAUUUAGGAUUAAUAUGCAAAUGAGAAAUUGGAGGACAGUAUAUAUGGUGAUUACUGUGGCAAAUUAUUUUUACUGACCAAUCAAGAUGUUGUGUUAGAACACAAGAGGAUAAGAAUAUGUUGUGUGUGUUUUUGUUACUGUACUUUGAUUCCAAAGGUUACCAAAGAUUUACAUAUCACAGUCAGAUGUCAUUAUUUUUGAGAUGACUAUUAUACUUGUUGUUUAAUAGUAUGUAUUGUUAUAUUGUGACCCACUGUGAUAUAUAGCUGCUCAGAUGUUACGCGUACCAUAUCUUAUUGUAAAAAUCUGUGUAUGUGUUAGUGUUGUAUGAACUGGUAAGUAUCAUGUCCAUAAAGAUUCAAUGUUUUAUACAUUUUUUUCCUUGAAAAGCUUCCAAAAACAGCAAAAUCUAUCCUUACAGCCUUAUGAGGUUGAAAUAUGUGUUUCUGUUACAUGUUUAAAAAACAUUAGGUACAGGUCAAUAAGCUUUAUUCAAUUAUAUCUUUUCCUAUCGUUUAACAGAAGGGUGAUGAUGACUUAAUAUAUAGCUUCCUUGAAGAUUGCAGACAGGUUAGGCAACAAAUCCAAGUCAGUAGCUAACAAGAGAAAUAUAUUUUUUUGAGACUUAACUAAAGAUUUUUGAGGCCUUACUGAAGGACUGUCAUUUUGGUAUCAUCAUACCGUGAUUAUCAUUAUCAUAGUAUCUGUGUUGUAUGUUAUACCUUUGCCUUCACCAAUGGUCAGAUAUUUUGUCACAGUACUGGUUAACACAUGAUAUUUGAUUAUAAGAGUUCAGCUUUACAAACAAAAUAGAAAUAUUUUGUGAGAAAGCAAGUUAAGUACAUUAUGUAAAAUGAUAUUAGGGUCAGGUAACCAAUUAGCAUGUUGUGCAUCAUUUGUCAUCAAUCACAGAAAAAUAACAAUUUGUUUACAAGGUCUUUUUAUGUGUUACAAGAACAAUAGCAUUAAAAGAACUUGGGUUACUUUAGAGGCCCUUGGGUGGCUUUUCCACUUCAUGAUGUAGUAUUGAUAUCUAGGCCUAAACUAGAGAGGGAGUAUACCCAAAUAUGGGCCCAAACCAUGAAAACAAGUCUUAAUACCUUGUAUAAUUGUGUUGAACAAAACCAUAAUGUAGCAGAAGUUUUUUUAUUAAAUUCCGCUAUAGUCCUCUGCUGUACCUGCCUAACCCACCAUAACAUUCUACAAGCUAGAACAACUUAUAGAUCUACAAAUGUGAUAAUGAGCAAUGCCUAGUGAAUCUAGAUAUAGGAAUAUUUAAAUAAAGGCAGCUGAAACCAUGCCUUUAUUUCUAAUGAAUGAUCAUUUUCAGAAAUUUGGCUGUUUUCUAUAAUGAAAUGCUCCUGUAUAUUGGUAUUUGAAGUGUAUAACAUACACAUCAUUCAAUUUGAACUAUAAAUCAGCACUCUACUCUCUACUACAGUGGUUUGUUGUCAUUUUUAUAUGUUAAACAGAUUUUGUUGUUUUUCAGUAUCAGAAUAUACUUUUUUUUAUUGAUAUUGAGUUUAAACAUAUAUAUUUCAUAUCCAAAAUUGAUGGGAGUAUACUUAGUAUUAGUCGUAACCUUGAUAUUAGAUAGCAUCAAUUUUUCAUGAUGGUUCAGUGAAGUUACUGCCUCAAUUUUCUUUUGAAGAUAACAUUUUAUUAACUAAGACAUAAAAACAAAAACAUAUCCUUGCAGGGGAUUGCUCUUAUUCACCAAACAUGUCAUUCAUACUGUUUCAGGAUAUAUACUUGUGAACUGUAAGAAAACACAUUCAAACUUUAUAUAUUUAUUCUUUAUUCUAAUUCAUGCCUUAUUCAUUAUUUUUAAGUACAAACAUUUUAAUGACAGAGACACAUAAAAUGAUAUUACAUUUUGUGAGUUAGAAAUCAAAACAAUUUUACUCUCUAACACAGGAACCCAGUUUUUCAUAAUAUUUCAUAUUUAGAUUAGAUUAUUUUACUGUGUACCUACCUCCCAUUAUAGAUAAUGACCUAAAAAUUACAUGGCAUAUGAAAUAUUUUCAGGAAUUUGUGGAACAUAUAUGUGUUGAAUGACAGUUUUCUUAAAUGUAGAAACAGCACAAAUACGUCCAAUUAAUCUGUUACUAUUUUUAUAACAUCAAUGAUAAACAAAAAUGUGUUAAAUGGAAUUGUCAUGUUGUAUGUUUGUACAUAUAUAUAAUGAAUAAUUGUAAUUUCCUGCCUCUAUAUAUGCAUAUCAAUUAUGUAAUAUUGUUUAAGUGCCAUUAAGUACAAGUAAUACAGAUAUGAUGUCUGUUGAUCCAUUUAGCACAGGGAUACAGAUAUGAUGUCUGUUGUUCCAUUUAGUACAGGGAUACAGAUAUGAUGUCUGUUGUUCUAUUUAGUAUAGGGAUACAGAUAUGAUGUCUGUUGUUCUAUUUAGUACAGGGAAUACACAUAUGAUGUCUGUUGUUCCAUUUAGUACAGGGAAUACAGAUAUGAUGUCUGUUGUUCCAUUUAGUACAGGACAUACAGAUAUGAUGUCUGUUGUUCUAUUUAGUACAGGGAAUACAAAUAUGAUAUCAGGUGUUCCUUUUACAACCUCUUACACACUACUUGCAAAUGAAUUGUCCCCAUAGCACUUUUAUGUUCACACCGUAUUUUUUGUGAUGACAUAACAAAAGUAAUAAUCAUACUCAUGUCCACUCUGCAAUGUGUACCUCAUGUCAAAAAGAUAUUAUUACAAAAUUAGAUUGGAAGAGAAGGUUUUUAUUUACCCCUUACAGACAAUUUUUAGGGACUAAAAUGUCCUUAAAUUCCAUAGGUACAUAUGUUAAUGUUCCUUACUCUCUCAAUGAUGUACCUGUGUAACAAAUAGUGUAUAUGCUCUAUCAAAACAUGCCACUAUUUAGUGAGUUCAUUUGUUAAUUUGUCAGUUGGUCUCACCUCUUCAUGUAAGGCUUCAUUAAGACAAUAUGGUUAAUUGAUUCAACCCGUGAAGUACAAAAAAUUGGCUCUCCUUUACAUUAUGUUCUCAUUGGUAAACAUGACAACUGUCAGGGAGACAACAUGAACUUAACAGCAAUGUGCAAACAUUGAACAUGAGACCUGGUAUGUUACAAAUCAAUGUCUAUUUCAUCACUAAGCAUACCUUUUGGUAUAAAUACUUAGUGCACAGCACCAAAGUUGUUAACCCAUUCAACUCAAACUGGUGUUGGCUCGAUUUUAGUUGUUGAAUAGUGAAUUGUGAUUUUUUGUUUUGAACUAAUUCACAAGACUUUGAGUGCCUUUAUGGUGUUAAAGGCAUUUAUACAACUGAUGGUAGUAUAUUUGUGUGUAUCUUUGGUUUGGAUUUUUUUUUACUAAUAUUAAGCUUAAUGUACCAUAGAGGUGACCUGUACACUGGGUAACUGUGAUAUAAUGUAUUUAUAAUUGCAGUUAAUGGAGCAUACUUCAAUGUAAUGAUUUUUUUUAGUCAUUAAUCUUAAACUAUCUGAGAUCACCUUGGUCAGUCUCUAUCUAAGUCUUUGAAACUUUUUUUAAAUUUUAGGAUAUGUCAUUUUAUUUUCUGGAUCAUGAGGAGAUGUAUUUUGAUAGACCUUUUUGAAAAUUAAGAGUUCUUGCCCUUUCUUGUUUUCAGAGCUUUAAUCUUGUUUAAUUGCCAGUUAUUACAUGGAUUUUAAUUUUAAUACAGUAAUUGCCACUUUUGUUAAUACAUGUAUGUGGUUCAGGUCUUUCAUGCUUGCACUUGUUCUUGAGAGUAAAUUAGGGGAGAUCUACUGAUAAAGUUUGGAAUUGAAUUCAGUGUAAACUGUUUGCCAAAGAACUUUGAAUUUCUUAAAUCUAUUUUAUAUUUUGUUAAUGAUGUUGAUAUUACCACAAGAGCUAUGUAGAUAUUCCAGACUUUGAUUUACAUUCCAUAUUUUAUGUUGUCAUCAUACAAUACCUAAUUCAGGUAUUGUACAAGCAACAGCAGUUAUCAUUGGAAGUUAUUAUUAGUUAGUUACCUAUAUCUUUAGUUAUGUAAACCAUAUAAAGUUGUGUGAUCAAUUUUUGGAGAACACAGACUUCCACGUUUCAAGGUAAGUAGUGUACAUACCAGCCCCUGAAAAAUGUUUACCUUUGGCUAUGUUUUUUAACUAGUGACAUGCCAAAUUUAAUUUUGACUUAAAAGAAAGGGAUAUUUUCCAGAUGUAUUGUCUUGAAAGCUGUAUUGUCUGAAUAGUAACUUCAGUCCUCUGUGAAUUUUUUUUUGUGAUGCUGAAAGGCUAAAAUAAUGAUGAUGAGAAACACUUUCUAGUACUUUCUUCAUGUUUCUUGGACUGUUCUUUAGGACAAAAAGAAAACUAAUAUAUAGAAAAUGUCAUCACUACAGUAACAUCUUUAUAAUUCAGUAUUUCAUCAAAUGGGAAAUAAUUCUAAUUGCUACAUAAGGUGAGGGGGUUAAUCAUCCUUAUAUGGCUUAUGUUGUCUAAAAUUGAAUAAAAGGUACAAUUGUAACGCAAUAAUUUAUGAUUAGAUUCUCAACCUUGUGCCUUAUUGUCCUUUUCACUGAUAUAUUGCCUACAUAUUAAAGUUAGUGUGUUUUUAUCAACACAGACUUGAAGCUGUUUUGAAAUGUUUCAGAACCUGUUUGUCACUUUGUUUACCUCAAUUUGAUAUAAAUGUUAACUUAAAAAAAUUUAGAUUUUAUUUCAGUUUCAAAAAUUUGAUUUUCUCAUGGGUUCACGAGUACAAGGGAUAUAUGGAUAAACAACAUAUAUGUACUACCUAGUAGGCAGCCAUCUUGUUCCAUUGUUAUUUCGGAGAGGAACACAUUCAAAGAAGGUCGUUUAUCCCAUGUUUAGCAAUUUUUUAUUAGCCCAGUUGAUAAAUUCCAUAAGGUUCACAAAUUUUGUUGAAAUAUUCACAGUAAUAGUGCUGAUGCUUUUGUCACUACCAUUUCAGAUGGCCACUUUGUUCCGAUUAAAUUGGUGAAAUAUUAUUAGAAGCAGUAACUGAUGGCCCUUGUUUUUAUACUUAAGCAUACACUUGCAAAUUAUUAACCAAAUGUUUCAGAAUCAGAUUAACAUGCAUCAUUUAGUGAACAAUUAGUGAGUGUUUGGAAAAAAUAAAGUGAAGAUUUUAC